CUAUAAGCUGUCCAUCUCUGCUCAAUGGGUGCAGGAGAAGGAAGAUGUGCGUGUAUCCGAAAGGAAACAAGAAAGCAAAGGGGACUGACCAUAUAUCCCUUUACCUGCAAAUUGUGGAUACUGAAAAGUUUCCCGGAGGAUGGGAGAUUCACACCAAGUUUUGUCUCUUUGUCUAUGAUCAUUUCAAUGACAAGUAUUUGGCUUUCCAAGAUGCAGGUAGCAAAACAAGGAGGUUUAACUGUGUGAAAACCGAAUGGGGUUUUGAUAAGUUACUUCCAUUAUCUACUUUCAACGACCCCUCUAAAGGGUACUUGGUCGAUGACACUUGUGCAUUUGGAGCUGAGAUUCUUGCGGUUUCAAUUGCGACAAAACAUGAAUUUCUUUCAAUGGUAAAGGAGCCAAUGGGGCGAUCUUAUACAUGGACUGUGAAAAACUUUGCAGCACAGAAGAGAAACCAAUCAAUUUCCUCUGAGUUCAUUGUUGAAGGAAGAAAAUGGAAACUACAAAUCUAUCCUUGUGGAGACCCCCUCAAGUCAAAAGGACCGAAGUUUGUCCCUUUUCCUGGUUUUGGCUGAUUUUGCGGACCUCACUCCGCUUGCUAGAAAAAUAUAUGCCAAGUUCCUGCUCCGAGUUCUUGACCGAGUAAACAACGAGCAUCAUGAAGAACAAGGUUACUUAAACUGAGUAGUUUCCUUUUAGCCUGCUUACAUAUGCGUCUACUAUUUCAUCUUUUACUUGUCUGGUGGAUACUGCUAUAGUUUUCUGCAAACUUUUCUUAGGCCUCUUUGUUUUGUGUUCAACUAUGCAGUGGAACACUUUUUUCAUAGCUCUUCUAAUUGCUCUGGCAAUUCCAAGUUUAUGAGUCUUGCUCAGCUGGAGAGUGUUUCCAAGGGUUUCCUGGUGGAUGACUCCCUCGUUGUGGAAGUUGAAUUUAAGCUCUUGUCCAAAUUUUCUUAGAUAUAUGGGAUAUUUAGCUAUAGUAUAUAUAUGCACUCUUGUCCUACAGUUUGUUAGUCAAAUUUCUGUGUGAAAUGCUUAUGGAUGGUGUAGUUUCUGC